GAAAGAACAACCGCGGCAGGGAUGCGCUGUGACUAUUGGCUCUAGAUGAUGAUCACUGUUGGUGUGAAUCACCGUGUGACACCCCAUCCCAAUGUGCAAAAAUGAGAAAAAGGGGUGAGGUGAUGAAUGAGUUUAUAUUGCGAGUCCAUAAGAUGACGGGCAAGUUACAACGAUAUGAAUGUUGCAGGGAACCAGAAAAACAGCUUUACGGUUUUCCAGGGGAAUAAAAACAAGGAUGGUAGAGAGUGUGGCUAUGAAGACUUACGUCUCAUUUGUGGUGGGUGGUCCGUUCAGAAGCAGAGUCAGCGCGGGACGUAAAUGCACAAAAUGUUAAAAAAUACAGCAGCUCUGUUGAGAAUAACGAAAUGGAAUGUUUUAUCAAGACUAAACAGUAUACUGACACCAAAACAAAGGUAGCCUAGAAACCUGUUCUGCGAUGGAAAACUUUCAACAGCGUGCACUUACCCAUUCGCUCUGAAACUCGGGGGGAACUAUGUGGACGUAUGGGAUGACUUCUUUACCAGCUGCCCCACCGUAUCAUCCUCCUCCAGAUACAGCAGCUCCACUAAAUAGUCUUAGGAUUCCACCCUUUAAGUUCCUUCCACGGACAGAGUGUGUGGACUGGAGGAGAAUUAGUUCUAUUGAUGUGAACAAGGUGGCUGUUGAGCUUGACUUUGUUACAUUGCAAGAUGUUAUUCCCAGUGUUGCAUUUUGCAGCGUGGAGAAUGAGAAAUGUCCUUAUUGCAAAAACCCAGUAGAUUCAGUGUUACUGAAGCUUUUCACACUAUCCCAACUCACUAUCGAAUAUCUACUUCAUUCUCAGGAAUAUUUGACUGCCACUUUGCAAGCCUUGCAGGAGAAACUUCAAGCUUCUGAGCUGGAUAAAGACCAGAUUAGGAAUGAAAUGAAAAAGUCUUCAGAAGAGAUUAUAUCUUUAAAAGAAGAAUGUAAGCACCGAAAGAAGAUGAUCCGCAAUCUUCAGACACUGCUGAACCAAGCUGGGGCAAGUAAUUACCAUAAGUGCCAGUUUUGUGACAAAGCUUUUAUGAAUUACUCUUUUUUGCAAAACCAUAUUGAACGCAGGCAUGUGGAAGACACCAUUGUGGAGAAAAGGAAGGCAAGUCAAGCAUACACAUUUCAAGAAGAGAUUACUAAACUGGAGGAACAGCUGCAUGCUACUAGAUGUCAGCUGCAAGCAGAAAGAGAAUCUUAUGCAUCCAGACUUGCUCAGGAACAAGAAUUAAUGAAACAAUUUGAAAAAUGGAAGGCUGAAGAUAAGGAAAACCUUUGUGGAGAAAUGGGGAAAAUGAAAGAAAUGUUUACAAAAGAGUUGAAAGCACUAUCUUCACAAAAUGCCAAAUUAGAAAAUGAACUUCUACUAGUGAAAUCUGACAUUUUUCGCAAAUCUAACCUCGGUACCCUAAGGGAUGUAGAAAUUCCUGAAAAAGAAGAAGAGAGAAGAACACUUCGGCAUGACAACCAAAGUUUAAGGGAUCUUCUUCAAAACCAGGAGAAAGAGUGGACAUCCAGGAUAGAAAGCGUUAUCAAACACCAUGAAAAUGAAAAAAGUGAGAUGCAGACAGAGCUUAGUACGAUGAAAUCAUUGGUUAAAAAGGAACAGCAAAAAGACAAUGCUUUAUACGUGAAACAGAUUAAUCAGCUGUACCACAGGAUACAAGAACAGGAUGAGCAGAUUAAAAGGCUAUCUUCACGAUCACCAGAAAAAAUUAAGGAACACACAGUGUUUGUUCCAAGAAUGGUUUCAACAGUUUCUGAACUGAUAGCAUAUGAACCAGAAAGAUCUGCAGCCCCACUGGAGCCUGUUCAGGAGCUUUCACAAGAAGAUCAAGGGCCACAAAGAUCUGCAUGUGUCAUGGAGCCAGUUGAAAAGCUUUCAGAAGUAGAUAAAGAGCCAUUUAAGACUGUAAAAAGAGAGAACAUCAGCAAACAACUUUUAAAACAAGCACUGAAGAAAAACCCUUCUUUAACAAAAGACUUACGACCGGUUUUGGAGCAGACUUUGGUAGAGAAAUUAGAAAGCAUAGGGAUACGACCAGAUAUUCGUGGUAUUUCCAAAAAUCAUUUAAAUGAUGUCUUAACAACAAUACGAUCUCAAAGAAAAGAAAAAGCCAAGAAAACACCAGAAAUUCAGCAAAUUUGGUCUCAACUCAGCCAUAAAAUUGAAACCAAAGUCAGAGAACAGAGCACGCCAACAGCAGUAAUACCAGUCUGUUCUGCUUCUAAGUUGAAAGGAAUACAGAACAAGACCAGAUCAGAAGGCAGUGGGCAACAAAAGGUAGCACCUAGGUCAGAAGUUACUGAUCAGCCCAAGAGUUCUGUACCUCCCACAAAGCCAAAUUGUAUUCCUUCUCACAAAGCAACUGAAACUCAACCAUUUAGCUCAGAAGAUGAAUCUGAUGAACCUAAGAAGGAAUUCAUACAGCCCAAUGUAAUUCGGUCAAAAGCACUUGUUGCCAAAAACUCUUCAGUAGUUGCUACUCACACUUUUUCAGACUGUACAGAAGAAAGUGAUGUGGAAGUACUUGAUCUCAAAUUGCUAGAAACAUCCCAAGCAAAUAAGGUUCCUUUGUUAAAAACAUUGAGUGAUAAACCUGAAGAAAGACACCCCAUUCAGGUAUUUCAGAAGUCGUUUACUAUAAACAGUGAGAAACAAGCACCCUCUAAGAAAGACACAGUGAAAGAGCAGAAGUGUUUUGAAACAGAUGAUGACAGUGACUGGGAUAUGUCAUAUAUAGAAGACAACAAGCUUCUGGAAGCUGAAACAAAGAAAGGAGCGUGUGGGCUUCUUGGAAGUGUUGAACCCAAUACGCUGAUGACUUCUAAAGCUUGGGGCUCUCCUGGAAAAUUGAUAAGAGCAGGAAAGACAGAUGGAUUUCAUGAAGGUGACACCACAAGUACAUUGAAAAGCAGUCUUGUCAGUGUAACGGACUGGAGUGACUCGGAUGACAUUGAAACUCUGUAAGACUGCAGAAUAAAUUUGUCAUUUGCCAAAUGAAGGUGACAGAAAACCAGUAACAUGAAAACAACAAUGGAAGCAUAGUGCAAUACCUUAACUUCCUCCUGUAGGUGCAGAACACAAAAAUGUUAAUCAACAGGUGCCUUUACACUGUUAAACAUGUGGUCUUUUGCAGUUAAAUAGUGCCAAAUGUAAAACUUUAAUGUUUUAAAGUGGUCCAUUCAUCAUUUCAAGAAACAGUAUUACUGCACAUUUUUUUCAGUAAAAGUGUAUUUAAUUUACUUAAAACAUGAAAAUAAAUGUUCACAGUAUUAGUGCAUAUUUUUUCAGUAAAAGUGUAUUUAAUUCACUUAAAACAUGGAAAUAAAUGUUCAUGUUUU